UAUUGUUGGACUCCUAACAUUUUGGACAAACUAGCAUCAAGCUGUCAGUUUGGCAAGGCUAUAAAAGGCAUAUGGCAUAUUUUGCUUGCUAGUAUUUGGCGAGAACAGCACACUAGCGACAAAGGAUUUGUGAAUCUCUCGCUAGAUCUGAAACGGUUAUUUUCUACAACUUCUAUUUGACACCUAUCCAGAUAGGACUCUUUUUUUUCUCACAUCCAAGGAAACAUAUCUCCUACCUAUUUCUCUACUCAUUCAUGGCUUUGGAGGAUGUUUGUCAAUUCCAGACGUCUCAGAUGGACUACAAGUGGUUGACCAAUGACUGCAAUCUGGAAUGGAGGAUCCCAAAUCAGGAUAUUCUCCUCAAUCUGGCGCUUCCGAAUUCUACAAAUUUCCACUGCAUCCCUUCUCACCAGCCAAUUCGACGACCAUUUCCUCUGACUCAUGGAACGACAACUCUUGGCUUUAUUUAUCAAGGUGGGGUCAUCGCUGCUGCUGACACGCGCGCCAGUGCUGGGGGACUUGUUGCGGACCCAGCUGUUUCUAAAAUAACUCCAAUCCACUCCCACUUAGUGGUUACUUCAUCUGGAAGUGGAGCCGACUGCAUGCUAUGGGAACGAAUAUUGAUGAGAGAAAUCAGACUUUAUCAGUUACGGCACAAGCGCCGUCUUUCAAUCAGUGGCACUGCCAAGCUCCUCUCCGUUAUGCUGCACCCCUUCAAAGGUACUGAUGUGUGUGUGGCCCUCACUCUGUGUGGAUGGGACAAAGGUCCGACUCCAGCAACAACCCAAUCCACUUCCCUGCACGGCGGUCCAAGCCUCAUUUACGUGUGCAGUGAUGGUGAGCGACUCCAUGGCAAUGUCUUCUCUGUUGGCUCCGGCUCUCCUUAUGCUUACGGGAUCCUUGACAGGGCAUUGCAAUGGAACAUGAGCAAGGAUGAGGCCAUCUCUGUCGCCAGAGAGGCAGUGUUUAGGGCCACUCACCGGGAUGCCUAUUCUGGAAAUAAUGUGGACAUUUUCCAUGUUACAACUGACGGAUGGAGUCGCCGACAAAGGGAGGAUUUAAAAAAAGAGUAUUACCAGAGGAAGGAUGCAAAGAAAAGGGAUGAUCAUGAACACUUGAAAGGCCCCCUCUGACCAAACAUGAUUUAAAACUAUUUAAACAUUUUAAACACGCUUCAUCAUGUGAUAUCCUAAUACAGUUGAAAUUGAUUCGGUAAGGUAAUAGUGCAUC